AUGAAAGGCACUUACCAUCCUGUCAGCGUUCGAGCCCAAGCUGUUGCUCUUAUGGCCCAUGGUAUUGAUAUCAAUGAGGUGAUGGCUGAUACUGGCAUGUCUCGUACAGCUAUUCUCUUCUGGGUUAAAAAGGCAAAGGAGCGUGGAUUUAAUCCUAACAUUAACCGACAUGUCCUUUGGAUGACUAAGGACUGUGCUGGACGUGAGAAAUCUGUUGAGUUCUUAGGUUAUGAAGCUGGACUUACUGAUGAGAUGAAAAAGAAGAGAUUAGAUUUCUAUCUUAAGCUACAGGACUGGGGCCUCGAGAAGUUGAAAGAUAUCAUUUCUACUGGAAUCGUUCUUGGGCACCGACGCGGAUCUCAAAAAGUAUGGCGUACGUUUGCAGACGUCAGUAAUCCAACUGUCAUCCGCAGGCAUUGGAAGGGUGUAACGGAGUUCAUGGUCUGGGCCUGUUUUACUUAUGAUAAGGAGGGGCCGAUAUAUAUAUGGAAAACAGAGACAGCACAGGACAAGAAGCUUGCAGAUAUAGAGAUAGCUAAGCUAAAUGAAGAGCUUGAACCGAUUAAGAAGACUGAAUGGGAGUUGAAUACUGGUCUUACGCGUGUCCAGCUGCGCAGCGGUAAAACACCUGGCCGGGUUCCUCAGUGGCGCUGGAAUAAGAAGAACAGGAAGCUCGUGCGUGAAUCUAAAGGUGGAAUCGAUUGGUGGCGGUAUCAAAAGGUAGAGCUCUUUAAGUACCUUGCUGAUUCUAUCACUUACUGA